ACCAAAAGCGAUAUAUGCGUUGUGUAUAACUAAUCGUAGUCUACUCCAGAAUUUGACAUUUUACAACCACUUUUAACAGCAAAGAUGAGCCAUCAACUAUAUAGAAACACAGCCCUUGGAAACAGCUUGCAAGAGAGUCUGGACGAAUUAAUUCAGGCAAGGCUUAUUACACCACAACUUGCUCUGAAUGUCCUGCUCAAGUUUGAUCGUGCCAUCAAUGAUGCUCUGGCAAACAGACAAAACAAGAUCAGUUUCAAGGGUCAUCUAAAUACUUACAGAUUCUGUGACAACGUUUGGACUUUUGUUCUUAACGAUGUGGACUUCCGUAAUGGUGACUUUGUGACAGUUGACAAGGUCAAGAUUGUGGCUGUUGAUGGCAAGAUAUCAGCAGCAUCGGGGCAGGACUGACACCCAGUACAGAAAAAAGGAGAACGCUAUUCAAAAGACUACUAGUGAAGCAAGAAUCUUCUGUGCAAAUUGAUGGCUGGCUAGAAUGUAGGAAGUCAGGGGAUGUUUGUGAUGCCAAAAUGUAUGUUUCUCGCUGAUGGCUGGCAAAUACAUGUAACGAAAGGAGCUUGCAUCUGGCCAUUUAUCCUAUUAAAGUUGCGAAAGUGAAUCUUAAAAGAUUAUAUUGUCACAAGAAUCUGACAGGUCUACAAUGUCUUAUUAAUUUGUAUUUAUUGGUUUCUACUCCUUCCAACUUUUCGUCAUGUGAAUAUUUACAAUUCCAUAGCUAAUAUAGAGAAGCUAUAUUGAAUAUGUCUCCUGUAUUCCAUGGUGAUGAACUUACCCCAACCCAUAUAGAGAAUGGAUGGGUGGAGGAAACUUUACAGGGUACAGUGUGCCACAGCCCAUUUACAAUUUUAAUAAGACCCAAUAGGAAUUCAAACAUUUGUUUUUGAUACAGAUGUAACAAUAUGAGGACUUAAUCAACAAAUUAAAAUUCUUUUCCUUUUUUGCUACCACAACUAGAUAUUGUUCUUGAAUGUCAGGUGUAGCUAUAAAGGUACAAUUGUACUUGUUGCCAAUUUUCCCUCUCAUGAAUUUUGCUUAAAUCCAUUUUUACUGUGUUAAAGAAAACUUACUGGAAGUCUGCAAAUGAAAUAUUUGCUGGUGUAAAAUUUAGAAAUAAAUCCAAUUCAAAUUUUCCAGGUUUUUCUUUAUUCAUUUUGCAAAACAAUGAAGGGAAAAUUGUGCUGCAACUACCUACCACUGUCAUUUUUCUGAGAAACAUAUCAUGUAUUGUGUGAUAUUGCUGGUGUAUUGGUCCUGAACAAGGCGGACUACAUGUAGAUUCAAAUGACUUGCUGAAUUUAUCAUUUAAAUUAAUGUGCAAGCAUUUCAUUUGUAAACAAGUAGUGAAGUAAUCAAUUGAUUUGGUUGUAAAGUAGAAAUUACUGCACUUCACAAUUUAUAAUUUUUUUCUCAUAGGGAAAUUUGUCAAGUAAAUCCAUUAUCGUCAAUGUUUUAAUUAGGUGGAUCCUGACGUGCCAUCAAUAUUUUUCUCUCAAAAGGAUGCAUUAUGUAAUGUUGGUGCAAUAUGCACAUUUUUUGUAUUAUGUAUUUAUUUUCAUGUUCCAAAAUAUUAGCUGCAUUUUUUUCUUCUUAUUGUAGACAAAUAGACAUGUUUUACCGGUAACUGUGAUCAGUUAUGAAAGGUCUGUAAUCUGUAUACCAAUAAAGAGGUGACUUGUGUUGAUCAAGAUGGCUAGGGAUAGAUAGACUGGUAUCACAAUUUUGGCCAUGGAAUUUUGUUGUAACCAGCUUGUUUUACCUUGAAUGAACUGGUCUCAAGGCAAAAUAACCGGCCAUUUUGAGAAAACUGUAGAAUCUCUCACCAGCAGCCAACCCUUAAGAAUCAUUACUCAAGUGUAACUCUAUUCUUUGUGGUGAA